AAGGAACCAGAUCAGAGUGUGUGUGUGUGUGUGUGUGUUGAUUUCUGACGCAUUCUUCUGAUUCUCAUGUCUCUUCCUGAAAGAAAACAGGAAGCAGGUUUAACUUAUUUUACAGAAGUGAAAGAAAUUUCAGAGCUGCUGUUCAACACAACGGUUCAGAGGAGGAAAUAGAAAUAUCUAGAAACAUUGUUUGAGCAGUCAGUGAAGGACGAUGGCAUCUGUUAAACAACUGCUUUAUGACACACUGGAUGACCUGGAAGAAGAACAUUUGAAGAGAUUUAAGAGCUUCUUAAGAGAAGAUGGACCUAUUCCUGCUUCUGUAUUGGAGAAGGCUAAUGCAACAGACACAUUGGAUCAGAUGCUUGAUCGUUUUGGACCAGAAGGAGCUGUGAAGAUCACACUGGAUAUCCUGAAAAAGAUUAACCAGAACAAUCUUGCUGAACAGUUAGAGAACAAACACAAGGAAGUCAAGAUCAUCAGCUGUGCUCAGACUGGAUCUGAUCUGAAUACUGAAACAGCCUUUUUAACAGAUGAUUUAAUGCUGCAGAAAUUCUUGCAAAUUCACAAAACAAACAUGAAGAAGAAAGCAAAGUGUAUUUUUGAGGGCAACAAAGACAAUGACACAGAUCUCGAGACUGUUUACACAGAGCUGUUCAUCACAGAGGGAGAGAUGAAAGAUGUCAAUCAUGAACAUGAGAUUCUGAAGAUUGAUGAUGCUUUCAUGAACAAAAAAACACAGGAUAAACCAAUCAAAUGCAAUGAUAUAUUUACUGAACUGAAGAUUGUGCUGACCAAGGGAGUCGCUGGCAUCGGAAAAACUGUCUCUGUGCACAAGUUCAUCCUGGACUGGGCAGAAGAAAGCACCAAUCAGGAUAUAGAGUGUGUGUUCCUGCUUCCAUUCAGAGAGAUCAACAUGAUUAAAGAUAAAGAGGUCAAUCUCCAUGAGUUUCUGCUGAAUAUACUGUAG